AUGCUCGGCCUUCUACUAUUGCUAUGCCUCCUCUUCGCACCGCAGUGCGCGGCACACAUGGUGAUGUCGGAGCCGCCGCCCAUAAACUACAAGACCAACCCGCACUACAACACGGCAAAGGCGGAUUUCGACUACACCGCGCCGCUGUCGCCGUCCGGCUCGAACUAUCCGUGCCGCGGCCACCUGAAGGAUCUCGACACGCCCGAGGGUGCGAGUGUGAGGGACUAUGCGCCCGGUGGGACUUAUGAUCUCAAGAUUGACGGAGGAGCGGCGCACGGCGGCGGGUCGUGCCAGGUGUCGUUGUCGUUCGACGGGGGCGUCUCGUACACGGUUAUUAAAUCGUACAUUGGAGACUGCCCCCAUGCCAGUGGAGGUGGCGCCUUCCAGUUCACUAUUCCCCAGGGAACGCCGGCCGGCACGGCGGUGUUUGCAUGGACGUGGUUUAAUCAGAUAGGAAAUCGGGAAAUGUACAUGAACUGCGCCGUCGUAACGAUCACGGGCGGCAGCUCACGGAUCAAGCGGGCGCUCACUGGGCCGGCCGUAUUCGUCGCCAACGUUGGCAACGGCUGCACCACAGCCGCAGGCACCGACGUGGUAUUCCCCGAUGCGGGCGAAGACGUCGCGUUCGCCGGCGACGCGGGGAAACGCGCGGACCCCGUCGGCACGUGCAACGGCAAGUCGUUCACGGGCGGGGGCGCAACAGGCGGCGGCACGACUGGCGGGGGUACGGGAGGCGAUACUGGCACCGGAACGGGAACCACCGGAGGAGGAGGAGGAGGUACGGGCACUGGUACAGGCGGGACUACAGUGGUCACGGGAGGUGAGAUUCCUGAAGCGACCACUAUACGUGAAGCCACUACAAUCCUUGAAACCGUGACGGCCACUGAGCCGUUUUUUCCGCACGGAGACCACGAUGGUGGCCGGCGGCGUGGUCACGCGCACACAGACUGUGGUCACGGCGGGUGUUUUUACGCGCACGAGGACGGCCGGCGGGACCGCCGCUACAAAUACCCCGUCUCCUUCGCCAGGUAUUAUUUUGUGCCGCCUGGUUGUUGA